AUGGGGAGUAAAAGAUUGUUCGAAGAGAAUGAAGAGCUUCUACAUCUAUUUGAAAAGUUUCGAGAGCUGCGAACCAAAGAAGCUAUAGUCAGUUCUGCUGAAUUGGCUGAGCAUGCUACACAGGUGAUGCAUACACUAGACGAGGGCAUCAAAGGGCUGGCUGAUAUGGACUCAUUCUUCACUUACGUCAGACACGUGGGUGGCACACAUCGACAGAAAAUCGAGCAACCUUUCCUUGAAGCAGCCAAGACCACCCUGGGAGAGAGAUACACCCCGAAUAUUGAAAAUAUAUACAAGUUGACAAUACGGUUCAUUUUAGAGAAUCUUGUCAAAGGUUACGAGGAGGCUGGUGAGGAAAACAGGACUACUCAAACCUGA